AUGCCUUUCAAACAGGCUAGAAAGGCAGUGAGCCUUUAUCGCAAUAUUCGCUUCUCAUCUUCUAAGCCAUUUCAAAAGAUUCAUGUGAAAAACCCAAUGGUAGAGAUGGAUGGCGACGAAAUGACUCGGGUUAUCUGGCAAAUUAUUCGUGAGAAGCUCAUUCUUCCUUAUAUGAACAUUAAAUUGGAUUAUUAUGACCUUGGUAUUGAGGCUCGUGACAAAACAAGAGACCAAAUGACUGUAGAUGCAGCCAAUGCUAUUAUCAAGCACGACGUGGGUGUGAAGUGCGCUACUAUUACUCCUGAUGAAGCUCGUGUUCAGGAAUACAACUUGAAGAAGAUGUGGAAGUCCCCUAACGGUACUAUUCGAAACAUUUUGAAUGGUACCGUAUUCCGUGAACCUAUUCUUAUCAACAACAUCCCCAAGUACAUCCCAGGAUGGACAAAGCCCAUCUGCAUUGGUCGUCAUGCCUUUGGUGAUCAAUACAAAUCGACAGACAUGAUUGCCUCCGGACCCGGCCUGUUGGAAUUGUCCUUUACCCCCAAAAACAACGAGGCUGCUAAGCAGACCCAUAAUGUUUACGAGUUUUCUGGUCCUGGUGUCGCCAUGGCUAUGUACAACACUGAUGAUUCUAUCCGCGGAUUUGCUCAUAGUUCUUUCCAAAUGGCUCUCCAAAAGAAGAUGCCUUUGUACCUUUCUACAAAAAACACUAUUUUGAAGAAAUAUGAUGAAAUCUACGACUCUGACUACAAGGCUGAGUUUGAAAAACUUGGUUUAUGGUAUCAACACCGCUUGAUCGAUGAUAUGGUUGCUCAGGCUAUCAAGUCUAAUGGUGGAUUUGUUUGGGCUUGCAAGAACUAUGAUGGUGAUGUUAUGUCCGACGUUGUUGCUCAAGCUUAUGGUUCUUUGGGUCUUAUGACCUCUGUUUUGAUCCAUCCCAAUGGCCGAACUUUUGAAAGUGAGGCUGCUCAUGGUACUGUUCAACGUCACUUUAUGCAGCACUUACAAGGCAAGAAGACUUCUACGAACAGUAUUGCUUCCAUCUUCGCCUGGACUCGUGGUCUUGCUCAACGUGGUCGCUUAGAUAACAAUGAACCCUUGAUCAACUUUGCUAAUGCCCUUGAGCGUGCCUGUGUUAAUUGCGUUGAGAAGGGUAUUAUGACAAAGGAUCUUUGCAUAUUGAGUCCUGAUGUCAAGGAAUGGGUUGAUACUUUUGAAUUUUUGGAUGCAGUAAAGUCUGAGCUUAACUCUGAACUUGCUAAGAGUUCUUAA